AUGCUGAAAAGGAAUUUUUUUCACGAGUUUCGUCGACAUAACAGGAGUUCAAGAUGGAACGCAGAUGCUCAUUUGAGAGCUCACGAACGUUCUGCCAAUGUUGAAGACGACGCAAUCAUGAGAGUCGAUACAUGUCAAUUGGCUGCCAACAAUCCGAUCGAAGAUUUUUAUUCUGCAGCUAAAUGCAUAUCGAGCCGUGCUUUUCUUUUCGGAGUAUUUGAUGGGCACGGCGGUCAACAAUGUAGUCGUCAUAUUUCUACAAAUCUCUAUCCGUACUUAUGUGCUUCAGUAUUAAAAAAGCAUGAACAUUGUCCUUAUCAAAAAGAGAGACUCUUCCCAAGUCCCAAAAACCAUAUUCCCCUGAAACCGUAUGAAAAAUUGAAGCUCCUCAAGGAAAGUCAGUCUACUGCGCUACUGCGGUAUUUAGAGUUAAGUGAAAGCUCAGAAUUGAUAGGUGACUAUUCUCCAGACCAGAGACUUGAAUGGUUGUUCAGCAGCUCCGACGGCCAUCUCCCAAACGCAUUCAAAUCCCGGGAAACACGCAACAUCGCUGCUUAUCACAAAGAAUUCAAAAAGAACCCGAAUACCUACACAGGAACUGUUCGAGAAGCAUUAAAACUCGCAUUCGAAACAUGUGAUAAGGAUUUGGGCGAUAAUGCACUGCCCAAUGCGAAGGGAGUCAUAGAUAGGCACGCCGCGAUGGUUGCUGCUUCAGGAUCGUGCUGUACUUUGGCCCAUAUUCGAUCAAGGCAUUUACACGUGGCCAAUCUUGGAGAUGCUGCUGCAGUUUUGGGGGUUGUGAACCCGAAUGGCAGCGUAACAGCUAGGCAACUUUCAAGAGCACAUUGUGUUGACAAUGCCGAUGAAGUGCAAAGGAUUCGAAUCGCUCAUCCCGCUUCGGAAUCUCAAACUGUCUUGCGAGGUGGACGACUGUUGGGAGAGCUUUUUCCACUACGUGCAUUUGGAGACGUUCGAUACAAGUGGCCGCUUGAUCUUCAGAAAGUGGUACUAGAACCACUGGGCCAUCCACCACCCCAGCACCUCUACACUCCCCCCUAUCUAUCGACAUCACCGGAGGUUUUCUACCACAAGCUUACACCAAAUGAUAGGUUUCUCGUGUUAGCCACGGAUGGUUUGUGGGAAUGGUUAGAUCCUGAUACUGUUGUUCGUCUCGUUCAUGAUCACACACUGGGAACAAUCACACAACAAGCGUAUGUGCCCAAGUCAGGCACAACACUGCAACAAGUUCGGGAGCAAUUGAAAGAAAGAGCAAGAGGUGAACAGAAAACCAAAAAGCCGAUCGAUGAGAACUGUGCCACCCAUAUUAUUCGACAUGCGCUUGGAGGUGUAAGUGGAGGAGCAACAAAACAGUAUGAACGCCUUAUAGAUAUUCUGCAGGUACCACCUGGUCGCGCUCGGAAUUAUCGUGACGACAUUACAGUAAUUGUCAUCCAUUUCAACGAAACUUUUCUGGACGGACACGAAGAAGACGAAGAGUAA